AUGGAGGCCGGCGCGGGCGAGGCUCCUGCGGCGGCCGCGACGGUCUUCCGCUGCUCGCUGUGCCGCCGCAGCGCCUUCGCCGGCCGCCGCAGCCACCUGCACAGCGCGGGGCACCAGCGCCGGCUGCGGGGCGUGCUGGCCCGCCUGCGGGAGAAGGUGGACGCGGCGCGGGAGGUGCUCCGGCGCGCCGUGGUGGCGCCCGUCGAGCCGGCGGAACACGAGCGGCGCUUCUGGUGCGCCUGCUGCGGGCAGGAGGUGCGGCGGCACUUGAGCCACGGCGGCCUGGCGGUGCCGCACGGCGGCCUCCUGCAGCACCUGGCCAGUGCUGAACAUAAAAAGGCCGUCUCCGCGUUCUGGUGGGAGCACAAGGCGGACCCCAGCCUGAAGCCGCACUUCCUGGUUUCCUCUGAAGAAUACGAGCUCUUCAAAGCCUCGCUUUCCAAAGCGCUAGACACGUAUGAUGCUGAAGAGGAAGAGGUCAUUCAGCAGAUGGCGGCUCACAUCCGGGAGGUGGAACAGAGCCGGCAAGAAAUGGUGGAUGCCGUCUUAGAGCCGCAGACAGAGACAGAGCUGCGUGAUGGAGCUGCUGGCAAUGCCUUAGUGGGGAGCCAAAGUGACUCUGCUUUUGCCACGGAAGAACAGGAGCCUCCUGGUCCAAGCAGGAGCAUGACAUUUCUCAGAGAACAGCCUGAGCGCGCAUGCAGGAUUGCUCCUGACCUCAGCUGGCCGGAACCAGGCCAUGCUCUGACCUUCAUUGGCCACCAGGAAGUGACAGGGGAAGGCAACGUUCACACAGGGGCCAAGCCUCCAUGGCUGAGGGAUGAGGAAAGGGAAAGCCAAGGACAGAUUGGGCCAUCCUAUGAAGAAUUUCUCAAGGAAAGAGAGAAGCAGAAACUGAGGACGCUUCCGCCCAAUCGCGUUGGGGCCAACUUUGAUCACAGCUCUCAGACGGGAGAAGGGUGGCUUCCCUCCUUUGGGCGGGUCUGGAACCAUGGGAGGCGGUGGCAGUCCAGGCAUCAGUUCAAACUUGAAGCAGGACAGAAGCAGCCCAGAACUAAAAGGAAGAGGCCGAAAACUGACUGAGAGGAGGGAGGGUUUGUGCCUCCAGUGCAGCGCUGUGGGAUCCAUCAUGCGUUUGAUUCAGCCACUGGAGAUGUCUGCCAGUGAGCAGCUCCAGAGAAACCUAAGGAGGGGUGAAGCCUGUCUACCAAGAAAGCCUCAAGCCGAAGCCGAAUGACAUCUCCUUCAAUGUGUUUAUAAAUGGCUUUUUGCUACAUUUCUCUUGCAGCACCUAGCAUAGUCUUAAGAAGCUAUUGUAAUGGAUGCAAAAUAUACCAAAUGAAGUAAA